GAUGGCUGCCCUUGGCAUUGGAAAAAGUUAUUUGCGUGUUCUACUUUCAAAUAAAACACAUUUGAUACGAUGUAUUCCCCAACGGUUGAUAUCUUCCACAUUAGUUAACAGACAAACUGCAGAUGACCAGCAGGGAUCCUGGGUCAGGAAUUUGUUUGUGCGAAAAAUUGAAACCCCAAAAGAAUCCCAAUCCCACCUUCUUUCAGAUCGGAGCAUUGUGUAUGAACUGCAAUUCCAUUCAGUGAAACCAGAAUGUAUGGAAGGUUACAUAAAGCAAUUUGAAUCCUUCAACAACAUGAUGCUUGAAAAGAAAACUGGUUCUGAAUUAGUUGGCAGCUGGACUGUGGAGUUCGGAGACCAAGAUGAAGCAGUCCACCUUUGGAAGUAUGUUGGAGGGUACCCUAUGCUCAACAGUGCUACAGAAAUCUAUAGAACAGAUAAGGAUUUUCUGGAAUUUCGCAAAGCUCGCAACCUAAUGCUCCGACAUCGAACGAACCAGAUAAACUUGGCAUUCAGUUACUGGCCAUUUGCUAUGCCCAGAACUGAUGGCAAUCAUAUCUAUGAGCUUAGGAGCUAUGUGUUGAAGCCUGGUACUAUGAUCGAAUGGGGCAACAACUGGGCCAGAGGUCUGCAGUACAGGAAGAACUUGGAACAGCCAAUCGCUGGUCUGUUUUCACAUAUUGGAGAAAUGUACACUGUCCAUCAUAUAUGGGCAUACAAGGAUCUCCAAACACGUAAAGAGCAGCGUGAAGCUGCCUGGAGUAUGCCUGGCUGGGAUGAGUGUGUUGCAUAUACAGUUCCCUUGAUCCAAACUCUCAAUUGCGGCAUAAUGAUCCCGACACCAUUUUCAAAGUUGAAGUAGCCUGUGUCUAACAUGGCAAUUGCCGUUGUUGAGGUCGAUGAAGUCGAGGAUCAUGAUUCCAACACCGUUCUCACCCCUGCACUAGACACAGACCGGGCGUCCUCUGAGCAACCAUUCAUGCCAUAUUUUCACAAAGGAACGGACAAUUCUACAGAUCUGUGCACAUGUGGCAUUAUCAGAAAGUGACCCUUGUAAAGUGAUUAUGUCACCAUGACAAUUAGACAAGAAACUCCCCCAUGGAAUAGAGAACCUUUGUUUGAGAACGAUCCAGAUCUUUUUGUUUUCGUACAUGCCGUCUAUCUGUGUGAAAAUAUUGUAUGGAAUGUUCUGAAUGCAAAUGCAGCUUAUUUGUUCUAACAAAGUAUGUGUAGAUACUAGAGUUAGUUUUUGAGGAGACUCACUUUAACCAAAAUCUGUGGGUUGAAUUGAAAGGGUCUGUGAAAUGUAUUUGUAGUGAGAUAGUAUUUUUAAAGAGGCGUUUGUUUUUGCCGUCAAAUAUCUGAUACAAGGCAAAAAUCUCAGUUGGCUGUCUCAUGUAUAGUAUAGGAUUCGCAAAUGAGUGAUUCAGAGUAUAUCGUUGCAACCUCUGACAAUUAUCACUGUGAUAAGUGAUAAGAUUCCAUUCUGCUGGUAAAACCAGUAAUCCCCUGGGUUUGAUAUCGCUGGUUGUGGCCAUCACUGAUUCUUGUUGCAAGCACCUGCUUGACCACAGCAAACAAGAGAUUUUCUUUGCAUCCAGGCAUGAUCGCAGGUCAUGCUACAUGUAUCUGAUAAACUUCAUUCAUCAUAGUAUAUGCGUUUAUUAUAUGAAGGGUUUGCAUGUAUGGUUGUGAAUUUAUUGACAAAGUGAUUGAUGAUGCGUCCAAGUUAUAAAGUGUUGGUCGUAAAAAUCAAGUUGAAAUCAGUCUCCAGAAGAUGGCGGGUAAGCUUUGAUUUGAUCGUCCAACAGAUCAUGAAGUUAUAGUUCUGCACAAUGUAGAGUUUAACUUAGUUAUAAAUCCCUAGUUACGAAUGUGAUCGAAUUGCCACAACAUUUGUAUGUACAGAACAAGAAUGUGAGUCGUGAAAACUCGUUUGACUCAAAAAGUUUCCUGCAUGAAAUAAUGUAAUCGUUUGGGUUACUGUAAAUUAAGGCUACAUUUUAGGGAAAGUGGAAUUAAGACUGUUGAAAAACUUUAAAAGAGAAUUUGUUAUGGUUUCAUUUCAAAAGCAGAUUCUGGUAUUGUGUAAAAAGAAAAGAAGUCCUUGUUUCAGGACAAGCACUUUAUCAGCUAUGUGAAAUAAAUAAUUUAAUGUAAAAGA